ACUUUCAAGUCCCUUGGUUUCAGCUGAUCCCUGAGCCCUGUGACUAGAGGGCCAGAGCCCAGGAUAAACAGUGGUUUCUUUGGCCCCUUGGGGUCAGGACCAGUUUUUUUCAGAAGAAAAUGGGCCUCUCCUGCCCCUGACAUUCCCACAGUCUCCUGGAUAGUAGAUUGAGAGACUGCGCCCUUCCUCCCAUGAGCUGGGCAAGUGGGUAGUCUGAAGAUGGCUAAUUACACAGAAGCCCCCGAGGAUGAGUAUGAUGUUCUCAUAGAAGGUGAUCUGGAGGACAGUGACUUGGAACCGCGUGACAGAUACAACACUGAGCUCCUCUCGGCACAGCAGGUGCUGCAGCUGUGUUUCACUGUGUUCGUGGUUGGACUCUUGGACAAUCUCUUGGCUGUCUUCAUCCUGGUGAAAUACAAAGGACUCAAGCAUGUGGGAAACAUAUAUUUUCUAAACUUGGCAGUUUCGAAUUUUUGCUUCUUGCUUCCACUGCCUUUCUGGGCUCACAGUAUUUUCCGUGGGGAAAGCCUUAGCAAUCUCAUGUGUAAAGUUCUCUUUGGACUCCACUCUGCAGGCUUAUACAGUGAGGCACUUUUCAACAUCCUCCUCAUUAUGCAAGGGUACCAGAUGUUGUUCCAUGUGAGGUGGCUGUCCCCAGCCCUCGGGACAGUGCCUGGUGGAACCAUUACAAGUGUCCUGGCGUGGGUCAUGGCCAUCCUGGUCACUUUGCCUGAAUUCCUGUUUUCUAAAUUUCAGAUGGAAAGGCAGAAAGACAAAUGCUCGUUUAGCAGACCUCACUUCCUGCCAGUCAAAGAGACAUUCUGGAAAUGUCUUCUGGUGUUAAAGACGAGCAUUUUGGUACUGAUUUUCCCACUGUUGGUUUUUAUAUUUUGCUUCGUGCAAAUGAGGAAUGUGCGAAGCUUCAGAGAGAGACAGGGUGACCUUCGCAAGCUUGCUUUUGUCAUAACAGGUGUUUUUCUCUUGAUGUGGGGGCCCUAUACUAUUGCACUUUUCCUGUCUACACUCCAAGAACACAUGUCUCUGCAGAACAAGAACAUAUACAGCUUGGACACAAGUGUUCAGGUGACACAGAUUAUUGCCACCAUCCACUGCUGUGUCAACCCCCUCCUCUAUUUGCUUCUUGACAGGGACUUUAGGAAAUACCUCUGCAGCCUGUUCUCAUGGUGUAAAGACAUCCGGUCUCAACCUGGUUUUUAUUCUGUGGGAUAUACAUCAAGGGAAGGCUGUGACUGUUCCACUAAACUGUAA